GGCGGAAGAUGUGGAAGGUUUCGAUUCAGCUGUGCAAAACGCUUGCCAAGUUUUUGCCGUAGAAACACUGUUCCCGAACAGUUCAAAGCGCUCAAAACGUUUGCUUAUGGUACUGACGUCCUUCUAAACUUGCCAACGGGGUUUGGAAAGUCUCUUGUGUUCCAGAUGGCUCCUUUAGUUCACGCCGAGUUAUCACGAGGCCGCGAUGGAUUUGCAGCGAACCCAGUAAUAAUUAUAAUAUCUCCUUUAGUGAGCCUCAUGGAAGAUCAAACAAGUUACUUACGGAAAUGUGGCAUCUCAGCUUGCUCGAUAGGAGAGGAUAAGGUACUUGACAUGAGGAUUGAGAAAGGAGAGUGCUGCGUGGUAUUUUCUUCGCCGGAAUCCUUGUUAGGAAAUGGUAGGUGGCGAAGCAUGUUAUCUUCCGACGUUUACCAGAAGAAUUUAAUUGGCAUCGUUGUGGACGAAGCACAUUGUAUUAGCCAUUGGUAAGCAAUAUUUUUGGUUUUUUAAUUUGACACCCGAACAACCUUAGGUCUAUCAUUUAUAAUAACCUUAAGCGAGGGAAAAAAUAAUUGUAGCAACGAUAGAACAGUAGUGAGCUUAUCUGAGAGCAAAGUUCUUCACAAUCUUCAACAGAAACAUACAUGCAAAGAAAGAGGGCACUAUCAUUAUUUUUUUUUACUUUUACAGGGGAACUUCCAAGAGUAAAGAGGCAAUGGCCUUUAGAAGAUGGUUCUACAAAUUAAGCGAGUUGCGUUCUUUGGUACCAAAUAAAAUUCCGUUCAUGGCUGUAACUGCCACAGCAACAAGACAGACAAAGGAAACAAUAACUUCUGUCCUUCGAUUUGGAAAAUUUGUUGAAGUAUCUGAAAGCCCAAACAAGGCAAAUAUUUGUUACAGUGUCCAGACGAUUGAUAAGCGUAAUCCACUCAUUCAAUAUUUCCAGUGGAUAAUGAAUGAACAGAAAGAGAAGAGGGGCGGAACAGAAAGAACAAUUAUAUAUUGCCAAACCUUUAAGCAGUGUUCAACAUUGUAUUCCCUCUUUGCACAAGAAAUGGGUGACUCAAUAUUUGCCAAUGACAACAAAGAUCCCAGAAAUCGUGUAGUUGAAAUGCUGCAUGCCCUUUCCUCAAAGUCAAUCAAAGAGGUCGUUUUAGAAGAAAUGGGACAGGAAACUGGCUGCAUUUGAGUACUCAUCUGUACAAUAGCCUUCUGCAUGGGAGUUAACUGUAAAGGGGUCCAAAGAAUAAUCCACUUGGGGCCGUCAAAGUCUGUGGAGGCCUACAUUCAGGAGAGUGGAAGGGCAGGUAGGGAUGGAAGCCCGAGUAAAGCCCUUCUGCUAUACCAGCCACUGAUGCUUCUUCAUGUUGAAAAAGACAUGAAAGACUAUGUUAAAGGCAAAUGUACCUGCAGACGUGCAUUUCUAAUGAGCCAUUUUGAUCAAAAGGGUGGAAAGCCUCAAAGUGACACUCAAAGUGAUUUUGUUUGUUGUGACCUUUGUUCUAAGGAUGAAAAUUUGAAAGUUCCUAUUUCAGCACCUGCCCCUUAUGCUGGAAAGACACGUACAGUUCCACUUCACAGAAAGCCACUUUGAAAGGAAAGCUCAUAAGAUUAAGGAAAUCACUUUUGGUGGAGCUAUUACAUCAAUCUCCGAAAGGAGGAUUACCAGUUGCAUCUGUUCCUGAACUGUUAAUUGGGUUCUCAGACUCUCAGAUUGCUCAAGUUUUGGAAAACUGUGACAAGAUAUUCAGCAUUUCUGACAUCAAGGCAAAUGUUGAAAUCUGGAAAGAAAGGCAUGCAUAUGCAAUUAUGGACACUUUGGCAGAGGUCUUCCAAGAUUUAAGUCACCAUGCAGGGCAAGCAUAUGACUGUCAAAAUUACGUUGAUGAAGAUGAAGAAGAUGAUGACUGGGAUGCAUUGUUCGAUGAUGUGGAGUUAAUGGAUGUGGACUGGGACAACUUCUCUGCUAGUAACAUAUUAUAUGAUGAUUCCACCUUUGUAGAGGAAAGUCAAGAUUUUGAAAGCAGUGAUAUGCAUGUUCCCGAACUGGGUGAUCUGAUUGACAAAGUCCAAAUAGAGUGA